UUCCCUCUCUCCCUCCCUUCCUCUCGCUCUCCCACACACAGCUGCUGUUUUCUUCCUCCUCUCCAAACUUUAGGAACUUGUUUUGUUGAAGAGAUGUUUCUGGUCGCUCUGAAACUCAAAGGAGUUUUUCUUUUUAAUUAUAGCAUACUUAAGUUCACACCUUCAAAGGCUCUCUUUGACGUCUGGCGUUUUUGGCCUUGUCAUUUUUUCCCCUGCCUCCUUUGAAAUGGAUUACUCUUCGCACAAGAUGUAUUCUGGUAUAGGCCAAGCCUAGACUAGCCUUUUCUCAUCUUGUUUAUAUUAAAUCCCGUUCAACUCUAUGCCGCUGGAGGACAGUCAGUCUUUGUCAUGGGAUAAUUUCAUUUUCCUAAAGCAACUUCAAGAGCUUGAUUGAACAUUUGGAUGGCAGACCUGCAUCUUGACUCAAGGCAGAAAAAAAAAAAAAGAAAUAAAAUCUGACCUGAUCUCUUAUAGCUAUCAUGGGAAAGGAGCUGGAGAGUCACUUUGAAAGAAAGUACUAGCGGUCCUCACUAAAGCUCCAAGACAAACCACAAGAAUUCUAAGCAGCACUUGGAGUUUCUCUCUGAAUCAUUGGAUACCAGACGAGCAUGAGGAACAGUUCUGUUUAUUAUCUUACCGGUAAAUACUUAAAAGCCGGGGAAGCAUAAUGGAAAGGCUGUGUUUGUAGAUUCAGAUUAGUAUUACUGGGAUUGGAUAAUCAUGGACUAUAUUAUGCUUGCCAUCACCACAUGCACAGAAAUCAGAAUAACAUCUAAAAUUGGCAUAACCUCAGAUAGUUCAUGCCAGGUGUAAAUUACAGAGGAUUUUGUUUACAGUUUAGACCAUUAAAAGGGGAAAACGAACGGUUGUGGAUCUUACUAAACUGUUUUAAUUCAAAUACAUUAUUUUUUGUGUUAUCUUUACAUUUUGGCGAUACCAAAGUUUAUCUUUAUCAUCCAAAAAGACGCUUAAAAAGGAAAAUAUUUGCCACUGAGGAGGUUACUAUAGUAAACUAAAGUUUUAGCGACAACAUAAUUAGACACUUGUCUCACGACACAACGAGUAUACAAACACUUAUAAAAGCUGCAUGUUGAAAAUCGUGUCGUGGUUUACUGAAAGCCACGUCAAAAUAAUUGAAGUUACGUAAGUCCUACCUUAAAAGAUUGCGCUUUGAAUAUUACCUUCAGGAAAGAAAGAAAAACCGAUUAACUUAAAAUAGCUUGUCAUUAACACAGUGAGGUGCUUUGCGCAACCAUCUUUUUAUUAUUCUGACCAUAAGUAGUCUGUAUGAGUGUAGGAAAACAAGUGUGUGAGAAGGUAAAAGCGCGUAUCUGACAGCAGAGCUGCUCAUUCACCUGGUGCACGCGGACGCGAGCAGCGCAGCCACGCACUUUGGGGUUUGUUCCAUUGCUCAGUGCGCGCGCUCCCCGAAGACAACCCGGCGUUACAUAGCUGCGCACCCGAGCCUCUCAGCUGUCAACCGACCAUGUGGUUCAUCAAUCUGACUUUGCUCGUUCUCAAACUCUUUGCGUCUGCGGAAGGAUUCUCCACGUGCCAUUCCUACAACUUAGACGACCACAAGUCCAAAAGGAUCGAGGCUGUGCGCGGGCAGAUUUUGAGCAAGCUGCGCAUUCGGAGUCCACCGGAUCCCGAGGCGAGCCCGACACCGCAGCCUGUCCCGGCGGAGGUGAUGCUGCUUUAUAACAGCACGAAGGAGCUGCUGAAGGAGCGCGCGCGCCAUGCGGAGGCCGCGUGCGAGCGGGAGAGCAGCGAGGAGGAUUAUUACGCCAAAGAGGUGCAGAGGGUCAACAUGAUGCCGCUGCGCACUGAUACCAACUCGAUCAGCCCGGGUCCUCAGAGUCCGUACUUCAGGAUAGUGGGCUUCGACGUCACCAACGUGGAGCGAAACUCCAGCACUUUGGUCAAAGCAGAAUUUCGCAUCUUUAGAGCGCCAAACCCACAGGCGCGCGCCACAGAGCAGCGAGUGGAAAUAUACCAGAUCCUGAAAUCUGAGGAUGUGACGGCCCCGUCUCAGAGGUACAUCGACUCCAGAACGGUGGAGCCUCGAGCCAAGGGAGCGUGGCUUUCUGUGGACGUCACAGAGACUGUGAAGGAGUGGAUGGCGUUCAGAGAGAGAAAUCUUGGCCUGAAGAUCAGCGUUCACUGUCCCUGCUGUACUUUCGUACCUUCUACAAACAAUAUCGUUCCUAACAAGAGCGAAGAGCUGGAAGCCAGGUUUGCAGGCAUUGACGACGAUCUUAUAAAACAGACCAGGAAACCAGGUGUGACCAAAGGACAGAUUGAAUUCAGCACAAAAACUCCCCAUCUGAUCUUAACCCUGCUGCCCACUGACCGGCUGGACAGCCCUAUCAAGAAAACUCGCAAGAAGAGAUCUGCAGCAGACACCUCCAUAUGCACACGGAAUGAUCAGGGCUGCUGUCUGAGGUCUCUCUAUAUUGAUUUCCGCCGGGACUUGAACUGGAAGUGGAUCCACGAACCCAAAGGCUAUAAAGCAAAUUUCUGCGCAGGGAACUGUCCUUACCUGUGGAGUGCGGACAACCACUACAACAUGAUUCUCCCUCUGUAUAAUAAAAUGAAUCCAGAAGCAUCAGCGUCUCCGUGUUGUGUUCCUCAGGACCUGGAGCCUCUCACCAUUGUUUAUUUCCUAGGCCGGACCCCUCGGGUGGAACAGCUCUCCAACAUGGUGGUCCGUUCCUGUAAGUGCCGCUAAUGCAGAAGAUCUCAUAUGGAGGACAGGAAACAGGUGGAUUAGAGAAGAACAAAGACAUAUGCUGCGUCCGAAACCGCAUACUUCCAUACUUUAUAGUACGCCAAAAUCAGUAUGCGAGCCGAGUAGUAUGUCCAAAUACAUAGAAUUCGAAAAUCAGUAUGCGAGAAGUACCCGGAUGACUU